UGGCGGGAGGCGGUGGCGCCCGACGGGCGCGCGUACUACUACCACGCGGCGACCAAGGCGACGUCGUGGACGCGGCCGGUCGCUGCCGACGCGAGCGUGGAGCUGCCUCCGCUGCCAGAAGGGUGGAAGGAGGCGAGGGCGCCGGACGGGAGGACGUACUACCACCACACGGUGAGCAAGGAGACAUCGUGGAAGAGGCCGCAGCUCGAG